AUGCGUUGGUCUAAAUCAAUGAAUGAAAACGCACUGCGGGCGUAUUUUAGGGCAAAAGGGGAAGAAACUGGAUGUUUGGCGUAUCGGGCUCGGAUGCAUCGCUUUUUUGCAGAGCUGGAGCCAUCUCUAUCCGUCACUGAGCAAAACCUGGCAGAACGAGUUAGGUACAUCCUGCGCUCCAACAUAUUUGGUGACGCCGAACUCGAGCGACUACGACGUGAGGCUAUUCCUUCAUCGAAUGGAAUUGCUACGGCUGGGAAUGCGGCGCCACUAGAUGCGCAACAAACUGCAUAUGUGGAUGCUGCCGUCAACAUUCCAUUUGUGGCUAAUUCAGACGAUGAUGGAAUAGUCUCCUACGAACUAGAGAAAAUGAGGAGCAUAUUGGAAGAGUCGAAGCUGGAAACGCGCAGUAUGCCUCUCGAAAAUCGACCGCGACUUCCCCGCAUACCCCUUAGCAAGCGAAAUCGGGCUGUCGUGCGGGCUCUUAACCCAAUGCUGGUGACCUAUUUGGAAGCCAGCCGGGACCUUUGCGAGACGGAUUCAAUUCUUUUUGGCGCCGCACUGGCAGUAUGCCGUAUUAUUGGCGCCAAACUUCCCGUGGCUGGACGUGCUACUCAAAAAAGUAGCGCCAUCCCAGCCUGGAGAAAAAGAAUUGAGGAUCGUGUCGCAAAGGCAAGGGCCCUUAUCGGCAGACUGACAAGCUUCAGGUCGGAUAAUAAUAGACCGAGGAUUAUGCGCACCGUUAGGAUGGCGUUUGCUUGGACAAAUAUCAGUUUGUUCCAGCCGGAUAUCACGCAAAAACUAACGGAGCGCAUAGAUGACCUGAAGCAAAAAAUCGCUGCUUGGGGGAAGCGGAUUCGACGAUUUAGCGAGAGGUCAAGGCGGUUCAACCAGAAUCGUCUCUUCCAGAGUGAUCAGAAGAGGCUCUAUAAAUCAUUGGAGCGACCAGAGGUAUGUGGAGCGCCUAUGGACCCCGUCACCAUAACGCCUGAAGACGUGGCUGAGGCGGUCCGUAGGGCCCCGAACUGGAAAAGUCCGGGGCUCGACGGGCUGCAUCAUUACUGGCUGAAGGGGUUCGUAGUGUGUCACGCUGUGCUCGCCCGACAGUUUCAAGAGGCUCUCGAUCAGAAGUCGCUCCCGAGCCUCUUCACUACUGGAUCUCUCAUUUGGUUCCUAAAGAUCAGGAUACCACAGACCCGAGCAAAUACCGCCCCAUCACGUGUCUACCCACCAUAUAUAAGACACUGA